AUGUCGACGGAGGUGGAGUUUAAUCCUUUUAGACCAGAUGGAGAACUUAGCAAAGAAGCUGAGAAUAUUAUUAAAAACUCUACUAUUCUUCGAGAUAGGGUUAUAAUAAACGAUCCAUCUUUAAAACGACCAGAAAAUGGCGUUCCUGCUUCGAUGGAAAGUCCUCCAAAGGCUGGAAAUGGAAAUGCACAAAAGUACGAAGACAGUCCAAUUCGGACAGGUGAAGUUGUUGCCGGUCAAGUUCCACCAGUGACUCAAGCCGCCUCAUCCAAUGAGGCAGAGUCUCCAGUGGUACAAGUUGAACGUGUAAAAAUCAAAUCAGGUCCUUCAAAAUGUUGCUUGAUCCAGUAA